AGAAGCCCUUGCGGGGCGGAGGAGCCCCUUCCCCCCGUUGGGAAGCCCACCUUUGCCUCCAAGCGGGAGACGUCGUUUCCUCGCUCCCCGCUCAGUUUGGGAACCCUAAAGACAGCCAGCCCCCGCCGAGGGUUCCCCACUUUUGCCUCAGCCCCCAACAAGGAGGCGCCGCCGGGGAGCCAUCCUCCCGAAGCUGGGAAGCCAGAGAGGAAGCCAGAAAGGCCGACCCUGCAGGGCUGACCUUCGCCUUCCAAGCAGGAGACCCCGCCGGGCCCCUUCCUUCCCUCGGCCUCCCUCCCAGCCUGGGUCCCGCCUGAACCAGGGCCCGGAGCUCUGGUCUUCCCCUUGAGUCGGCUGCCUUGAAGCUCAGCCCAAACCCCUCCAAGCCUCCCCCGAAGCCCGCCCUCCUCCUCCUCCUUCUUCCCUUGCGACCAGCCUCAGUCUCUGCCCACAUUUGGGAAGAAGAAGGAGAAGAAGAGGAGGCAGAGAGACAAAAGCCGAGCAGGAAGGCUCUCCUCCUCGGAUCGCUCGCAAGGAAGGCGGCCGGAGGGAAGAGGAAGGUAAGCCGCUGCUCUGGGGAAGCUUGGGCCAUGGGGAGCAGUAAGAGCAAGCCCAAAGAUCCCAGUCAACGGAGACGCAGUCUGGAAUCCACAGAAAAUAUCCAUGGUGGCUGCUCUGCCUCUCAGACACCCAACAAGACCACUGUCCCAGAAGCUCAUCGGACACCCAGUCGUUUAUUUGGAAGCACAACACCAGAACCAAAACUCUUUGGAGGCUCAAAUACAUCUGAUACAGUCACCUCUCCUCAGCGCUGUGGAGCUCUAGCUGGCGGAGUCACUACAUUUGUGGCUCUCUAUGAUUAUGAAUCAAGGACAGAAUCAGAUCUUUCUUUUAAGAAAGGGGAGCGCCUCCAAAUCCUCAAUAAUACGAGAAAGGUGGAUGUCAGCAACCAGAUCUGGUUCAGAUUCAAAGGGCUCCAAAGGGAAGGAGAUUGGUGGCUGGCUCACUCUCUCACAACUGGUCAGAAAGGCUACAUCCCCAGUAACUAUGUCGCACCCUCAGACUCCAUCCAGGCUGAAGAGUGGUAUUUUGGCAAGAUAACUCGCCGAGAAUCUGAACGGCUACUACUCAAUCCUGAAAAUCCUCGAGGAACUUUCCUGGCAAGAGAGAGUGAGACAACGAAAGGUGCCUACUGCCUCUCUGUCUCAGAUUUUGACAAUGCCAAAGGCCUCAAUGUGAAGCACUACAAGAUCCGCAAGCUGGACAAUGGUGGCUUCUACAUCACCUCUCGCACGCAGUUCAGCAGCCUUCAGCAGCUGGUGGCAUAUUACUCCAAACAUGCAGAUGGCUUGUGCCACCGUCUCACCAAUGUCUGCCCAACCAGCAAGCCUCAGACCCAAGGCCUUGCAAAAGAUGCAUGGGAAAUUCCCCGGGAAUCCCUGAGAUUAGAGGUGAAGCUUGGGCAAGGAUGUUUUGGAGAAGUGUGGAUGGGGACCUGGAAUGGCACCACCAGAGUGGCAAUAAAGACUCUGAAACCUGGGACAAUGUCUCCAGAGGCAUUUCUACAGGAAGCUCAGGUCAUGAAGAAACUGCGCCAUGAGAAACUGGUGCAGUUGUAUGCUGUGGUUUCUGAGGAGCCUAUUUACAUUGUGACGGAAUAUAUGUGCAAAGGAAGCCUCUUGGAUUUCUUAAAGGGUGAGAUGGGCAAGUAUUUGAGACUACCUCAGUUGGUGGACAUGGCAGCUCAGAUCGCAUCUGGCAUGGCAUAUGUGGAGAGAAUGAACUAUGUUCACAGAGAUCUCAGAGCUGCCAACAUCCUUGUUGGAGAGAACCUGGUGUGCAAAGUGGCCGACUUUGGGCUGGCACGUCUGAUUGAAGACAAUGAAUACACAGCAAGGCAAGGUGCUAAAUUCCCCAUUAAAUGGACUGCCCCAGAAGCUGCACUUUAUGGCCGAUUCACCAUCAAGUCAGAUGUAUGGUCCUUUGGAAUACUACUGACUGAACUGGCCACAAAGGGCCGAGUGCCAUAUCCAGGUAUGGUGAACCGGGAAGUACUAGAUCAAGUGGAACGAGGCUACCGGAUGCCUUGCCCACCUGAAUGCCCAGAAUCUCUGCAUGACCUGAUGUGCCAGUGUUGGAGGAAGGAUCCUGAAGAAAGGCCUACUUUUGAGUACCUUCAAGCUUUCUUGGAGGAUUAUUUCACAUCAACAGAACCUCAGUAUCAACCAGGCGAGAACUUAUAAAUCUGGAAACAGAAUCAAUUGCCAAAGACUCAGUGCUGCUUCUACUGCAUAGGUGCUCAAGGGAGAGACUUUGAAGCAUACUUGGAACAUCUCUGAAGCACCUGCUGAGGUCUCUUCCUCAUUCUGGUGAUUCACUCUUCCUUCCAAGAAUGGUUCUGGGCCCCUUACAAAGCAGAUGUGGUGCCCUUGCCAGUUCUAGGUUAAUGAAGGCCUUGAUUGGUCAUGAAUUAGCAAAGUGACAUGGUUCCACUUCUUUAAUAUAAACUUUCAGUAGGCAAAAUUUCCCAAAAAAAGUCAGGUUAUUCCAGAAGCAAAGAGGCCAAGUGAAAACCAAGCGAUGCUGUUUAUGAAAGCCACCUACUUUCUGGAAAUCUGUCUUUCCACAAAACCACUCAUGACUACAAUCAGAAGGAACAUGACAGAUUUUAUUCUGAUGGCAAUGAUAUGCUUUGUUGGCUGUAUGACUUCAGUGCACUGUGUCAUCUCUGAGUGGUGAUGCUACAGAAUUCUGCCUUUUGGAUUCUGAUGGCUUUUGUUUUGUUUUGUUUUGUUUUUUUGCAUAUAAAACCAGCACAAAUUUCUCCGUUCUCUCCUGUAUCAAAUCCCACUGCCUGGAAGUGGACCAACUACUUCACUCCAAGAAAAAUUUGUAGCUCACUAAGAUUCUGGGCACUUCAUGUUUCCAUGUACCUGUGAACUUCUUUCUUUUUAUCUGCCACUGAGGAUGUCACUGUCUCACUGUACAUGCAGUCUUGUCCCAUUUGUGUAUGGUGCAGUUGCAGAUUUUAGCCAUAUAAUAAGCUGAACUGGAGAAGCUAGGCUUGCUUGAAAACUGUCAAUGUGCUGAAUUUGGUUAGUUUUUGGCCUCGGGGAGUCAGUGAAGAACUACAAGGAUUUCCUGGGGAGGCUGGUUUUGCUGUGAUACUUGUAGUGCCAGUGAUGACUUAUGUAUUUCUCAGGACUAUGUUAGAUAUUGGACUGUCUUCCAGUUUAGCAUUUCAGUCCAAUAAUGAGAGCCUAUUAAUAGAUUUCUUAGACCUGCUGGAAAAGAACCAUCCAGCAGAAUUGUAAGUCCUUCUUUUUCCUGUAUAUAAAAUACUACCAGCCCCUAAAUGCCAGUGUCCCCCACCCCAGUUAAGACUAGCAUUCCAUAUGGCAUUCUAAGAAUUAAUUGAGCACAUAGUUUAUUUUCUUUCUACAUUGCUACAUUUUAAUCUUAACUGGUUCUGGAGCUCCUUAGUGCCUCAGAAAGAUAAUACCAUUGCUGGACAAACUUUCCAGUUCCUGAUAUCUUACCUGUAUAUUAUGUAUCCUUGGCCUAAUCUCUGUACAGAAAUUGGAAUGCAGUUCCUUUCCCCUGCUAUGGUUUGUGACAUAGAUGAAGCAGGUCAAGGGUUCCAAUAAAGAAGACUUAGCAAUGCCCAUGGAGGAAAUCUUCAGAUUUUUUUUCUAGAGAGCAUAUGGCCUGUUUUCUAAGCUGUAUAUUAUCCUGAGGAUGAGCUUGUUGCAGAGAACGUUAAGUCGUUGAUUCAGUUAUCUGUUCUAGAAAGUACGCACAAGAGAAAACUACAUGGAGGUUCUUUGCACAGAAUGACUUUUUUAAAAAAAAAUCAGACUCUAUGUUUUUGUGUGAAGUCUGGUCAUGACCUGAAAAUAGUCCUUUGAUUGAUACAAAUCAUGCCAAAUGUCCUUGUUUUGCCUUUUGGCUUCUCCUCCCCACCAUUUUAAAGCCUUGUUGGCCAAAACAGUGGGAAAGCAGAAAAGAGGACUAAGCUACACAUUACAUGUAGCUGCAUAUACAUUUUCUGUAUUUUUAAAUUAAAAGCUAUCUUUGUUGAUGUGAAUUUUAGGAAGAUAAUAGUGUAUGUGGAGUGCUUCAUUUUAUUUUAUUUUUGCUAAUUUUUCACUCAAAGGUGCCCAUUCCAAUCUGCUUUCAAUUCAUAGGGGGAAAGCUAGUAUGGAUGUGGUUUUCAGAUGGAGAAACAGCUGGAAAGCAAAAGGACACAUGCACAUACAUGCAUAUGUACACACAAUAAUAUCACUGCUUUUCUAAAAACGCACAGCAUGAGAGGAUUUUUUUAAAAAGGAGAAGAGAUCUACACAACUAGAUGUGACAAUUAGUUUGGUCAUAACAUUCCUUCUUAUGGAUGCUUAGGCUUCUGCUGGAUCAGGCCCUCUGCAUCUCUUCUUCAAUCACUGGUUUCUUUUCAGGAACACAGUACUUGCAAGAGCUUUCCAGGCUCAUAUAUAUCCUGCUGUGCAUCAAAAGCUGUUUUAGCUGCAGCAAAUUGUAGGUUACAUUUGAGUUUGUGCAUACACAGCCGAUAUUUGGCAAUAUGUGCAUGGAGUAGGAGGAAGUUUCUAGUCUAGUCUAAGAUCCUGCUUCUUUAGUAUAGGCUCAAACCAUCAUGGACACCUGUAAUUAAUCCCAUCCACUAUUGGUCUUGUGACUUUCCUUGGCAAGAUUCACCCAGGGGAGCAAAAAUGCAGGUGAUUUGGCUGGAGCCUGCCUAUUACAUUAGUCUGUAAGCCAAGAAAUCUUCACCCUGGGGGUGGCUGGACAGAUGGAGUAACUAUAUGCAGCACGAUAGGAAAGACCUGAGAUGCACUCCAGGAACUGACAGGAGAGUUUAGGCUUUUGAGUCUUCCUAUUUCCUUAACUAGGGCAAACUGCUCUAUACAAAUAGAGCUGUACAUUUCAGAUUCCCAGCCUGAGAAAAUACCUCAGAGUGACUGAAAAUGCAGCUUCUCUGAAGCACUUGUGGUGAAGAAGUGUUUUUAAAUCGACAAGGUCACUGCAGUAUAUGAAGCAAGAUUUUUUUUCCCCCUGGAGAUAUGUGGAGCAUUCAGUUAAUCUUCCUUUUAUUCAAGCUGUUCUUACAAACAUUGUUACUGCACCAUCCCAUGUUUCUGGUGCCUAUAGUUUGAUAUUCCCAAUCCAGAGAAAUCUAGUUGUUUUCUUAAAAUCAUACUGAAAUAAUUAAUUCUUGUUAUUUGCAACUUUUAUCCCAUAUAAAAUCUCAUUUUCUGCCUCUGAUUACAGCUGGACUCCCGAACCUACAACCCAAGAGACAGCCUUUCAUCCACACAGCAUGUGAGAUGGUUUUGGAGUAGGCUUUAGAAUCUUGCUAUGCUUGCAAUAGAAGAGAUAAAAAAAUAUUAGGAAACCACUGCAGCAAUUUCUCUGAUGUGGCUUGGUGCCUGCUACAAGAGCUGUAUCAAAAAUGUAAGUGAAGGCAAAAACAGUAAGCCAAGCCAUAUGUAAAUUGAUCUGCCUUUUGUCUCACUGGAUACUUCCAAGGGGGUUUCAAAAAUUCAUCUGUAGUGCAGCAGUUUCUUUUUAUUGGGAGAAUUUCUUACCAGCUGUAAAUUAGCCCCUCUUUUGUACAUAGCCCUUUAGUCAUUUGAGUUCUUAGUGCUCAGUGGCUCUGAAUGUUGAAUUGUGCAUGUGAUUUUUACAGUCAUGAGAAUGUUUGUUGCAAUUAUACUUAGCUGAUGUUCAUUGUCUUUGGCUUAUCAUUUUAUUGUCUGUUUUUCAUGUCCAAAAUGUGGGUAUUCUCUGAUGUGCCAAAAGAAAAAGGGGGAAAGUCCAACGGCAGAAACAUUUUCAUAUAUCUGAUUAGCCUUCAGGGCCAACCUAUGUCAGGACUAUGAUGUUGUUUCCAAUAACUUGCCUAUUUUAGACAAAUAGGUGUUACAUUUUCCUAUCCAUUCUCUAUGGUGUCAUCUCAUAUGUACAAGAUGUAAAUAGUACUUACAAUCAGCUCAGUGUUAGGAUGAGGAGGUGUUUUGGACAUUUUUGCUCAGAAAGGUUUAAAGUAGAAAUCUGAUAACUCCACCUCAUGCAAGCAAGAUAAUGUGUGGAAUUGCUCAAACUAUGUAUUUGGAGUAUACAACCUCUUUCAGUGUUUCAGUUACAUCCCCAAACAUAUGCAGCAAGAAACCAAAAAAUGGUCUGAAGUGAUAAAUCCUCAUGUGCUUUUUCUUCCAUUCAGUUCUGUAACCAUGCCUGUGUGUCAGGAGAUUUGUGUAACAUAGUGAAGUUCCCAUUUUUGCACAAGCUCCUUCCCUAAAUAGUCUGGAUUGACAUUUUUCUGAUACUAAGAACCAGACUUCAAUAUCCGUUUCAAGGUAACUGAGCCAUUCUUCAGUCUUAUGCCAAGGUUAUUUGUGUGCCUCAAAACUACCAAAUGUUCAAUGCGUUACCAUAAAUAAUUUUUAAACUCCAUCAAUGGGUUACCAUAAGUUGAACAAUGGGAAGGCCCCAUAACCAUCCUUUCAACCAAUUGUUUUGUUACAUGCCCAGAUCCCUAUCUUCUAUAGAAUUCCUAACAGAAUUCUUACUUUCAUUGUGGUCGGAACAGGGUCUAACCUCCUUUCUCCAAUAUGACCAUGGUGUCUAUGGUACAUUGUGGAAGGCUGUUUCCAAGGUCAGCAGUUCUUCUUUGCCUUUCUGAAUCUCUUGCACUGUGUAUCAUAAUACCUUAUAUAUUUAUUUCUUCCCAAGCCCUUGAAACACAAUUGCUUUUUUGAAACAUUCCUUUCUCUGAUAUCUUGAAUUUCAGUUCUGGUGCCAUUUGAAUUGUAGGGAGAUCAUAUAGGUCAUUUUGUCCAACCUACCACAUUGAAUAGAAAAGGAGCUAAGCUGAACGUGAAGGAGACUGUCACUUUUCAACUCCUAAAACUUUCAGUUUCACUUCUUUUCUUUUCCGCUUUGAACAUUUCCUUGUUUUCAGAGAUGUGAUUGCUGCUGGACAUGAAUUAUUUUCUUCCUUUAGCCAUUUCUUAGGAUUCUAAUUUUUCAACAUAUACCUAAUUCCACUCAUUACCUUCAUUUAUUAAAGCAAAGUUUGUUGAAACACCAAUGUCAAUUGCCUUCAGGGUAAAGGACACUGUUUGAUAUUUUAUACUUGGUUAAAUUGCUCCAUCUACCAAGUUCGGUUAAUGCUUUCCACAAUAUGCAGUUUUAAAUGAUACAGUAAGAGGGUGACAGAGCUAUGUCACCUCUGACUCCAGGUGAAGACUCCUCAUUAGAAGAAAAAACCCUAAAAACUCUUCACAUAGAAAAUAGUAGAUGGGUAAGUCAAUACCUUUCCCUCUAACACCUCCACAGGAAAAGUAUGGUAGCAAGGCACAUUUUCUUAGGAGAGUUCCCACUUGCAGACUCCGUGGUUUUGGUUCACCAUCUUAGUCAGAAGAAUCUGGCCUAAAAAUUUCCUCUCUUAAAUCUGUGACUGAGCCAUUUCUCCGUUGUGUAAUAUUGCUGUAUUUUAAAAAGCACUCUUUAUUUGUGAGCAGGACUUGCAUUUGCAUAUUCAUGUUAACAGUUACAUGUGUUCAGGGUUUUUGUACAAGCUGGAACAGUUGUUUUAAAAGGGGAGAUUUUUCUCUCCAAGGAGAUGCCACUUUUGUUAUUAUUGCUGUUUAAUUAAAUAUGGAGAGAAGUCCCUUUUGCAGAAGGGAAAGAGGUUACUGCUAUUUUGUGCCAAUGACUCUUGUAUAACUUAUAUGCUUUAUUUUUAAAUGUCUGCUACCAAGGAGGAACAGCUUCUUGGCAAAUACAAAAUGGAACAUAUACCAAGCUGGGGGUGGGGGGAGCUUCAACAUGGAAGUGAAAACCAGGGUUUGUGUAUGACUCUGUACAUAUAUAUGUAUAGAUAUUAAUGUAUAAAGAUUCCUUUUUUUCCAAGUAUGUACAUUUUUUUAAAAAAAAUCAAGACAAAUAGGUCUGUUUAAAAUCUCUUGGUUUUGGUAUAGCAAUAAUGAUGAUGAAUACUAAUUUAAAUGAACAGUGUACUUAAGUCUUAAUUUUCUUCUUUGUCAUCAGGAAAGUUUUGAAAGAAAAAUACAGAAUACAGGUGGGGUUUUUUUUGUGAACUUCCCAACUCAUUUUGUAGAUGUAGAAUCUUUGCUACAUACAAAAGAUGCUUGUGCAGUGAAAUACAGGCAGUUUUAGGAUUGGAGAUCAACUGACCUUUGCAAGGAAUAUACGAACUGAGGGAAGCAUUAAAAGAGCUUCCUGUGGUGGUGUUUAUUGUCCUUCUUUAUAUUCCCUUCAUUUUUGUAAAGCCCACAACAGAGGAAUUUGAGGCUCUGGCAUUGCUUGAAUAACAUUGAAACAAGUCCAUACAUGGAUUUCUUCUGCUAUUAUCAUUCUUUUUUAUAAACACACAUACACAUACGCACGCGCACAUACCCUUUGUAAAGUCUACAGAUAACUAUGCAGAGAAUGUGAUGCUUUUUCUCAUUUUCCCUUGCCUUUUUAGUGUUUGAGUACUUAACUCUUUUUUAAAAAAUAAAAUGUUUUGAAAAUGACAUUUCCUAAA